AUGUGGCUGCCGCUCGGGGGCGUCAGUCCCUGCAGGGUGUUCCAAGGGGCGCAGACACAGCGAACAAACGGAGGAGACCACAGCCAGCCAGGGAACAUAGAAAUCGUGGAAGACCCGGCCCAGGGAGAGUCGGCAGCGCCUGCUAAAGCGAGACCUCGAGCCAGGUUGGAACACCAGGCCAAGUUUGACCUUUCCGCCCCCACAGUCCCCCUGCCCCCUCUCAGGUCCCCUGCCCCUCUCCGGUCCCCCCUGUCCCCUCUCAGGUCCCCCUGCCCCUCCGGUCCCCCUGACCCCCCUCAGCCGGUCUCCCUGGCACCCCUCUCAGGGUCCCACUGCCCCUCUCAGGUUCCCCCUGACCCCCUCGCCGUCCCCCUGCCCCCCUCUCAGGUCCCCGCACACUCUCAGGUCCCCCUGCCCCUCUCAGGUCCCCCUGACCCCUCUCGGGUCCCCCUGCCCCCUUCGGCCCGGUCUCCCUAG